AUGGGUAGGACAAAUUGCAGAGGAGAACGGUACCAGCUGUCGUCAUCACUGACCCGUGUUGCCCUUAUCGCUACUGUCGCUGAUUCCAGUACCAGGGCUUCGUCUUCAUUGUCGUGUUUUUUUCUCCUCUUCUAG